AUGAUUGGGGGUCAGGCAUCAGAGAUGUUUAAGAGACUCACAUUUCUCUUGUUAGUUGGGUUGCUGGCAUGGGCAUAUCAGGCCAUCCAACCACCCCCUCCAAAACUUUGUGGCUCCCCCGGCGGCCCACUCGUCACGGCAUCUAGAAUAAAGCUGAGGGAUGGAAGAUAUUUGGCCUACAAGGAAUAUGGUGUUCCAAAAGAAGUGGCCAGAUAUAAGAUUAUUUAUGUUCAUGCCUUUGGUUCUACCAGACAUGAUGCACUGAUUGCAACAACCGUCCCUCAGGAAGUGCUUGAAGAUUUAGGGUUGCACAUUGUUUCUUUUGACAGACCGGGAUAUGGUGAAAGUGAUCCGGAUCCUAAGCGAACGCGGAAGAGUUUGGCUUUAGAUAUAGAAGAGCUUGGUGACCAGCUGGAACUGGGAUCCAAAUUUUAUGUAAUUGGAUAUUCUAUGGGUGGACAGGUCAUCUGGAAGUGUCUUCAGUACAUCCCUCACAGGCUAGCAGGAGCAACACUGAUUGCUCCUGUUGUCAACUACUGGUGGCCAGGCUUGCCUGCCAACUUGUCCGGUGCCUAUUAUAAACAACCUCCGCGGGAUCAAUGGGCACUUCGAGUUGCUCACCACAUACCAUGGCUAAUCCACUGGUGGAACACUCAGAAACUAUUUCCUACAUCCAGUGUUGUAUCCAGUACUAACCCAAAUAUGAACAUUUUUUCUCGCCAAGAUUUGGAAAUCAUACGGAAUGCGAACGUUUCUGAAAGAGAUAACAAGGUACAGGCCAAGCAGCAAGGAGAAUAUGAGUCAGUCCUUCGUGACAUGAUGGUUGGAUUUGGGACCUGGGAAUUUGAUCCUCUAGAUCUGAAGAACCCUUUUGCCGGUAAGGAAGGCUCCGUCCAUCUAUGGCAGGGUGAUGAAGAUCGGCUUGUCCCAGUCGAACUGCAACGCUAUAUUGCAGAAAAGCUUCCAUGGAUUCACUACCAUGAGUUACCAGGUGCUGGACACUUGUUUCCAGCUGCAGAUGGUAUCAGUGAAGCUAUCUUAAAGGCACUUCUGAUUGAAGAGAAGUAG